AUGGACAAGGUUCUAGAAGUCGACUCAAAGGCGACUCAGCAACAAAUCCGUGAUGCCUACAAGAAGGCAGCGCUAAAACACCACCCCGAUCGUGUUCCAUCUGAUUCUCCUGAGCGCGCGAGUCGUACGAAGCGCUUCCAGCAAAUCAACGACGCCUACUACACGUUAUCGGACCCCACGCGACGCCGCGACUAUGACGCUGCACGUACCUACAAUAGCUUCACAGGCAGCACCGCAACACCAGACGAGGAGUUUGACGAGGAAAUUCCCAACAAUGCAGGCGCAGGCGCAGGUUUUGCCCAAGGCUUCCCGUGGUCCGCAUUCGGCUUCGGCAGCGCUCCAGCCGGCAACACAGAAGAAUCGCACAACCGCUUCUCUGAAGAGCAGUUUGGCGGUAUCUUUGAGGAGAUGUUACGGGAAGAGGGCAUGGCAGAUCAGGAUGCGCAUCCUACGGGCAAGUUCUGGAGUAUUGUGGGUGGUCUGAGUGGAGGCGCCAUGGGUUUUAUUGUAGCAAACUUCCCUGGCAUGGUCGCUGGCGCUGUUGCUGGAAACAGGCUAGGAGCCGUAAGAGAUACAAAGGGGAAGAGUGUUUAUGCGGUUUUCCAGGAGAUGCCGCAGGCAGACAAGGCGAGGUUGCUGAGCGGGCUCGCGGCUAAGGUUUUUGCUAAUGUCGUGUCUGGUUGA